GCGGGUCCGGCCCGGCGCGUGCGUCCGGUUCGGUAGCGCUGCGCAAGGGGCCGGGUAAAGUGAUCAGAAGCAGCAAUAGGAGAAAUGGAGAUGCAGUCAUAUUACACGAAACUCUUGGGAGAGCUCAAUGAGCAAAGAAAGAGGGAUUUUUUUUGUGACUGCAGUAUUAUUGUGGAAGGCAGGAUCUUCAAAGCUCACAAGAACAUUCUCUUUGCCAAUAGUGGCUACUUCAGAGCCCUAUUGAUUCAUUACAUUCAAGACAGUGGGCGACACAGCACCGCUUCUUUGGACAUUGUUACUUCAGAGGCCUUCUCCAUCAUCCUAGAUUUCCUUUAUUCAGGGAAGCUGGAUCUUUGUGGAGAAAAUGUUAUUGAGGUCAUGUCCGCAGCUAGCUACUUGCAGAUGACUGAUGUGGUCAAUUUUUGCAAAACAUACAUCAGGUCAUCGCUAGAUAUUUGCAGAAAAAUAGAGAGAGAAGCGGCUUUCUAUCAGGCUGAUAGCGGAAGCUCUAGUUCUGUCAGAGAGGGCACUUCCUAUGGUACAAAGAGCCAGUGCUCUGCCUCCGUCUCUUCUCUGCAAGAAAAGGAAAGGAUUUCUGAUUGUCAGAGAGAUCCUCCCUGUGGUGAAUGUAGCAGCUGCCACCCAAUGGAACUUGUGGUGAGAGACCCUGUAAGCAGUGAUUCUCCAGAUGACAUUAAUUCUUCUCUGCCCAAAGGGGUAGUAGAACCAAAAGUAGAAUUUGACUCUGAUGAAGUGGAAGUAGAAGUGGGUGAACGACUACAGCAGUAUCCAACUCCUUUAUCUCUCGAGCAGAUGGAAGAGGGGUUGCACAGUGGCCAGGCAAUGGACUUGGCCUGCAAUAACUAUCAUAUGAAACAGUUCCUGGAGGCCCUGCUACGCAAUAGUGCUGCUCAGAGAAAAGAUGAUGUGGUUCAUCACUUUGUUCGUGGCUUUGAGAGUAGGCCAGAAGAUGCAGGAGUGGCCAUGAGUUCCAUGAUGGACAUUCACAGCGACUGGUAUGGUGAGGAUACAGGUGAUGUGUUAGUUGUGCCAAUCAAGCUCCACAAAUGCCCAUUCUGUCCCUACACAGCUAAGCAGAAGGGAAUACUAAAACGGCACAUUCGCUCUCAUACAGGCGAGAGACCCUACCCUUGUGAGACAUGCGGCAAACGCUUCACCCGGCAGGAGCACCUUCGGAGUCAUGCUCUAAGUGUGCACCGAUCAAACAAGCCAAUUAUCUGCAAGGGUUGCAGAAGAACGUUCACAAGUAGCCUAUCACAGGGAUUACGGCGCUUUGGCUUGUGUGACAGCUGCACUUGUGUAACGACUACACAUGAGGAUUCAAUGCCCAUUAACCUCAGUCUGAUGGAACCGUCAUCAGAAGGUCAAGAAAAGGGUGAUACAGACAAUGAUUGGCCUAUAUAUGUCGAAUCUGGUGAGGAAAAUGAUCCGGCUGAUGAUGAUGAUGCUGAUGAUAAGCAGGAGAUCCAUAGAAGCUUAUCAGACCGAGAGGCACUUAUGUAGUAACAAAAGGAGAGUUGGCAGAUUUAAAGUGUCUCCCCUGUGAUUGGUCAUUCUACAGCAGAAAACUGUAUAUUUAACCAGUUUUGUGGAACUCUGUGUUUUUAUUACUAAAUUCCAGUUUUGAUAGAACAGGUGGGAAGAACUGGAUUUUGGAAUUUUGAAAUAUUUUUCUAACUUUUCAGUGCUGUGCACUAGAAUUCUGAGGGAAUUUUCUGUCCUGGAUAAGCAGAGGCUGUCUCCUUGCAAUCACGUGUUGUGCUUCUGUACCCUGGCUCUGAGGGAAGGAUAACAUUAUUUGCAGGUGAAGGAUCAUCAUGAUCAUUUGAUACUGAGUUUCCUUUCACAAUGCUGCCAUGGUCCCUCAAUCCUGGUCUCAAGGGGGCCAACCAUCAUCUUUCUAGGAAGAGAUGUGGAGAAAAUAAAUGUAGUUUUCAUCCUUAACCUUGGACUUCUCUAAACUGUUUUGCAAUCUCGUCCCUCUUAUGCUAGGAAAGUCCUGCCUGAAACUGUAAAUCCUAACUGUUUGUUUAAUCUUAAAAGUUUAGAAUAGGAUUUAACCUGGAAACCACGGUAAAUUACCAGGAGAACAAAUAUGUUGCAAAGGGAAGCAUAUUCAGUAGAGAAUCUUCACAGAUGUUUGUUCAUGUAUGUACUUAGAGAGCAAGCUUCUAUUUUUGGGCAGUUUUCACUGCAUUUCCAUCCAUGGAGAACAACAGAGCUUGGGCUGUGAUUCUUCUGGUCUGUAUUUAACGCCCAUUAGACAGUAGUCCAGGCCUGAGAACUACACAAAACACUUAUUCUGUGAUCUAGUAAAAUAGUGUCCGAAGUGCACUGGUCACUGAAGGAAGACUAAGUGCACUGCCCGCCUCUUUUCAACCAUUUACAGUAGAAGUUAUAACAUAGCAAUCUAGAAAAGUGGUUUCUUUAGUAGAUUAAAUAGUCAGAUUUACUGUUGAUCUAGCUGAAGUACAAUUCCAAAGAAAAAUCUGGACUACAUAUAUAACAUCAUCCCUGCAAACUAUUUUUGAAGAAGCCAGGUGAGACCCUUUGUAAAAUUAGAGACUCCCUGUAUGAAAACUUCCCUUUUCCUAAUGACAUUUUUCUUCUUAUAUAGUCAAAAAUAGUCUGAUGAUUCCUGUGAUGGUUUGUACCCUUUCAUUGUUUUAUGAAUUCAUCCAGGGACUGUCUCUUGUUAAAAUUCCAACUUGGACCCUGCAUUUUCCUUGUUGGACAGAUACAAGUUGGCUUUUGAAGGAGGGGAGAUUACUUUAGACUCAUAGACUUUAAAGUCAGAAGUUAUUUAAUUUACCUGUUCA